AUGGAAGACGACGAGCAAGGUUAUGAUGUGAAUCGUUUUGUAGGCGAAGUGAGAGAAGAUCUGCUCUGUUCUGUUUGUCAAGAUGUGCCAAAGGACCCAAGGCUUUGCCAGAAUAAAGACCAUAUAUUUUGUUUAGCUCAUAUAUCACGACAUCUCCAUGAAAAUUCUCACACAUGCCCAGUUUGCAGAGACCCCCUGACUCCAGAAACCCUGAGACGUCCUACAGGAUUUUUGAAGAAUUAUUUGGAAGAUCUGAAAAUCAAGUGCGACCACCAUGAUCGUGGCUGUCCCGACGUUGUUCGGCUUGAAGAUCUUCAAAGACAUGUCGAUCAAUGUGGAUUCGAGCCUGUCAUGUGUGGAAAUGAAGGAUGUGGGACGGAGGUCAAUAAAAGUGAUAAAGAAAACCAUGAAAAUUUUUUUUGCCAAUUUAGAAUCGUCAAAUGUCGCGACUGCAAAAACAGUAAAGCACGUGAGAAUGGAAUAAAAGCAAGCCAAGAUGAAAUUAAGGCUAGCCAAGCUGGAAUGAAAGCAAGUCAAGAUGAAUUGAAAGCAUGUCAAGAUGAAAUAAAAGCAAGCCAAGAUGAAAUUAAGGCAAGCCAAGAUGAAAUAAAGGCAAGCCAAGAUGAAUUGAAAGCAAGUCAAGACGAAAUAAAAGCAAGCCAAGAUGAAAGUAAG